UUUCUCGUUCCGGUAGCACUUCCGGGUUCUACUGUUUACAUCUGCAGCUCCUGACGCUGAUGUGAAACUCGUCUCGUGUGAAAACACCACGCAGCUCCGGGAUCGGGACUCACGCACGCUCACGCGACGCAGGCGGCCGGCUUCCAUCUUCAGCUGCAGGAUAAACCAUGAAGAAGAAAGCCAGGCGUCCAAGGUCGUCUGAGACUCGGCGGCAGACGGCGGUGAGACUCGGCGAGGAGAAGAAGACGCCCGGAACCAGAGGGAGACCUCGAAAGACUGUCCCAGUGGCAACGGAUGAUUUUUACCACAAUGACGCUGCCACAGACAAGACUGUGAACUCAGAGCUCAGCGAGGAGACACUGAAACCUCCGGAGAACAAGUCCAAACCUUCAGGGAGAUUGUCCACGGCCGUCUGUCGCCUCUGCCACGGGAAGUUCUCUCCACGCAGCCUGCGUCACGCCUUCAACCGCUGGUCACGGGACUCCAUCGGUCUCUUAGACGAGGACUCGGAUGCUGGGACACAGUCGCCCCUUUUAUUCCACUCAGAUUUCCAGCGGCUGGUCGGCGUCCAGUUGGACCGCGACCCCCGGCUGUCGGAGUUUAUCUGUAAGAAAUGCCACGCCAAGUUCUACAAGUGCCACAGCAUCCUGGUCCGGUUCCUGCAGCGAGUCAACCUCCCUCCAGUCGGGAAGGAGAACCUGAAAAGCCGGAAGAAUUCAACGUGUCCGGAGUCGUCAGUAGAUCUGGGCUCAAUAACUCCACCAUCUUUCACCUCAGACUCAAAGUGCCUCCACAGUCUGGUGUCCUGGGCUCACCGCCACGGAGAGGCCUGCCGCUCCCUCCCCGACCUGAAGGAGGUGCUGAAGGGCCGGUGCUGGGGCUCGGUUAGAGCCGUGUGGGGCUGCGGUGAUGGUCACAGACACAUCAUGAACACCAGCAACACCAGUCCAGGGCACCAGGUGAACUCGGGGCGUGGCGACAGAGUGAUGUCAGAGGAGGAGGCGGAGCCGCAGGAGGAUAAAGAGGAGCAGCCCGGCGGCAAUGGAAGGACGCAGACAGGAAGUAGAAACACUCCCCUCCUUCCGCCAGCAGUGCAGGCUCAGAGCUCAGCACUGGUGGACUGGACCAGCACCACUGGAGGUGCUGAGGAGGCGUCGGCUCGGCCGGAGGACAGAGCAGCUGACAGCGACUUGUCCGACAGAGUCGUCUCCGAGGACGAGUUGGAGGCGAGUAGAAGAGGAGAGGGUUUAGACGAUCAGUCGUUGGAGCCGGACUCGGACAAGAGUGCUCGCAGAGCGACCGUCCCCAACAAGAGGAGACAAAGCCCGAAGGGCCCGGAGGAGCCCAAGAUCAAAAAGAAACCAGGUCCCAAACCCGGCUGGAAGAACAAGUUCAAACCUAAAGGAGAGGAACUUCCCAACAUCUACAAGUGUCCGUAUCAGGGCUGCACAGCCGUUUACAGAGCUCCGGAUGGUCUGAAGAAGCACAUCAAGGAGCAUCACGAGGAGGUGAGAGAGCGGCCGUGUCCUCAUCCCGGCUGCAACAAGGUCUUCAUGAUCGACCGCUACCUGCAGCGACACGUCAAGCUCAUCCACACAGAGGAGAGGAACUACAUCUGUGACCAGUGCGGUCAGACCUUCAAACAGAGGAAGCACCUGUCCGUCCACCAGAUGAGACAUUCAGGAGCCAAACCGCUGCAGUGUGAGGUGUGCGGCUUCCAGUGCCGCCAGCGGGCGUCACUCAAAUACCACAUGACCAAACACAAGGCAGAGGCCGACCUGGAGUUCGCCUGCCUGAUGUGCGGGAAGCGUUUCGAGAAGGCCCACAACCUCAACGUCCACAUGUCCAUGGUCCACCCGGUGAUCCAGACCGAGGCGCAGAGAGGCCUCAGCCAGAAGCAGCAGCCGCCUCCGCCAUAUUCUGAGCAGCGCAGCAUCACUCAGAGCGGUGAGGUGGCUCAGCAGGACCAGGACAGAUGACGGCAGAGAGUUCCGGUCCAGCUCUGCUGCUCGGGUACAUGAACUGUGGGCCGGGGACUGGUUCUGGUGAAAAGAAGCUGCAUAGUGUUGAUUUCAAUCUGCUGUGUCUCCUCCUCAUGACACAAAAUGAUUUUAACUGAAAGGUUCAGUGUGAAGAAUGUAGUGACAUCUAGUGGUGAAGUGUCAAGUUGCAGCUGAACACCCCUCAAUCCCCCCCCCCCCCUUCCAAACAUCAUAGAGAACCAGUGGAAGCUUCAGUCGUCAUAAAAACUCAAAAGGUUUAGUUUGUCCAGUCUGGGCGACUGUAAAAAAAACAUGGCUGCCUCCGUAGAGAGGAGCCGCUCCUGAUGUAAAUAUAAAGUCUGAUUCUGGGGUAAAGAAAACUACUACUUGUACAAUUUAGAUGAAACAAACUAGUGAAAACAUCACCAGGAUAAUUUAAUAUUCAGUUUGUGCACAAAGAACCUUCUCACCUGAAUCUUACACACUUGACCUUCAGGUCCCGGUUCAGGUUUCUUCAAGUUGUAAAACCAAAGGGCUUCAGAUGUACAUGUGUAAAGUUGUGUGUUCAUUAUGUAAAAAAAAAGUAAAUAAAAUGUCGACCUUUUUUAAA